CGGGCCCUAAUAAAGAUUUCUACACAUAGAAGUAAUCAUCAACUUAAAGUGCCCUCUUUGGGGAUUGUAAUAGAGAUCCAUCUGGAUUCAUGAACUUAAUUCUAAACAUUUCUUCACAAAAAAAGAAAUCUUUUACAUCAAUAUUUAUGGAACAUGUCCACAAAAAAUCUAGCUGUCAACACUGAAUAUUGCAUUGUUGCAUUUCUUUUCACAGUUCUUUUUGACAGACAUUUAAAAAAAAAUCUGAGUACCCCUUGGCAUACCUUCAAGUACCCCCAUUUGAGAACCACUGUCUCAAACUGAAUCAUAUUGGUGCUUUGUUUGAUUUCAUUAGUUAAUCCAUUCCAUAAUUUAAUUCCACAUACGGAUAUGCUAAAGGUUUUAAGUGUUGUACGAACAAACGAAUGUUUUAAAUUAGAUGUUCUUCUAAGGUUAUAUUUCUCCUCUUUUGUUGAGAAGAAUUGUUGUAUAUUCUUUGGUAGCAGGUUAUAGUUUGCUUUGUACUUCAUUUUAGCUGUUUGCAAAUGCACCAAAUCGUUGAAUUUCAAUAUUUGUGAUUCAAUAAAUAAAGAGUUUGUUCACUCAGAAACUAUUUUACGUUUCCCCAACGAUUUCGCCAAUUUUUCCCUUGCGCGCUAAUUGACUGAAAGAGCACACACUUGACGUCACGUUAUCGAUGGGGAAAGGCAUUAUUAGACAGUAUGAUUUGCCUGAGCGGCGAGGAGACUCCAAGAGUAACACGCGGUAGAAAAUGGAUUGAUGAAUGGGCUAGAAAGGAUAGAUUAAAAAAGAAUGAUAAAAAAAAAAAUAUAUAUAUAUUUUUUUUUAACUUGGGACUUCCCACGGGCCAGAUUUUAGACGCUGGCGGGCCGUAGUUUGGGGACCCCUGAACAAAGGUGUACUUUACUUGUUUACUUACAAGAUUAAGGACCAACAUUGGCCCACAAACCAAAUGUCUUUUGAGGCCACUACACUAACAACUAAACCAUGCUACUUUUUGUUUGGCUCAUUUUCCCUUGGGGGAGGGGCAACUGUGUUUAAAAAGAAGUCAGAGCAACACUUGAUGUUUUUCACGAUGAACUCACCACCUUACGCAACCCCGAUGCAGCCUAUCAACACCACCGUGGUCCAGUACACCACGGUGGAAAUUGGCAGGGAGAAGCAACGCGACUACAUCUUCUACUCGCUCAUCAGCCUUUUCUACUUGGGAAAUCCAUGCUGUUUGGGAUUGGCGGCCAUGUUCUACUCCAUCAGGGCCCGAGACCGGAAGGUAGCCGGAGACAUUGAGGGAACCAAACUUAACGGCACCCAAGCCCUGUGCUUAAACAUAGCAGCCACCGUUCUCUUCUGCCUCCUUCUCUUGGUUUUCAUCAUCACGAUUUCUGUCGUUCUUACCAGGAAUGUCAAUUACUCAAGAACGUUUUCAAAUUACUUUCACCAUGGAUAUUGAAGACAUCCACCUAGCCUGGUUCUUUCCUGCUUUGCUUAAAAAAAAACCCAUCAAGCUAACUUGAUGCUAAUUGUGAACGCCAACUGCCAGAUUUGUGUAUUCAAAUAAAUAGUCCUGUUGCGCUCGA